UCAUCCGUAUUUUGACCUCCCGACUCGUUCUCUUGAAGAGUGUCGCGCAUUUCUAGCAGUGGGCGAGUGACGUGAACAACUGCGGGCGCCAGCACCAAUCCCUGAGAAUACCACUCAAGUAAAGAGGCGACAGACCAGGGGAAAGAGGAAAGCAAGUCACUAAAUGGUGAGCUACUGAUUGCGUUAGGCAGCAAAGGUCAGCCUUCGAACAGGCGGGAACGGCAACACGAUGAGCACGAAAGAAAACAAGGGUAAGAAGGCGAACAAGGACAAAAAACAAUCUAGCGGAAAAACGAAGGAAGACGGGAAGAAGCGAACAAAGUCAUCCAAACGGACGAAGUCAAAAGAUUCGUCUGCCUCGAAAGCGCCGAAGUCAGGGAAGAAGAAAGAUCGCACAUCAAAGAAACGCGGCGACAAAUCACGCGACGGCACAGGGGCACCCUCCGACGGUAAGCCAGCCUCGAAGAAAUCCAAACCACGCCAGCAAAAGACAGCCUCGAAAAAGGACGCGCCGAGCAGCCAGAAAAAAUCAAAGUCCUCCAAGUCUCGCAGAAAAGGUGGAAAGGGCUCGAGCGUUAAGCGAAAAAGUGUCUUUAGCAAGAUAUAUAGGAGACUCACGGGCUCCAAGAGCAAGGGAAAGAAAUCGAAGAGAAAAACGAGCUCAAAGAGUGGCAAGGUGUCUGAAUCGUCUAAACUGACCCCGGCAGCCAGCUUGACGCAGCCUACUGGGACAUCAGACGUGAAGCAGCCUCCUCCUGAAGACCUCGUUUCGUCCAGCAAAGUGCCAGAUCAUAAGGAAAGCGCGCCCGAAGACAAGGAUCUCAAACAAAAAGCAUCCGAGCAGACGACGCCGGAUCAGAAAGCACCAGAGGCAAAAAUUCCAGAUGAAAAGAUACCGGACGAGAAAAAUGAAAAGAAGCCAGCGGAGGUUAGCGGGCCUAGCAACGCUUCUGCUCCGGAGGCGAAAGCGAGUUCGAAGGACGCCGGGGGUGUCGACGCACCUGAGCAGACGAGCAAGCCUCAAGACCAGAAAUCUCGCGACGCUGAGAAAGAGCCUAUCGAAAAAGUUGAUCAAAAAGGCCCAGCUUCUGCACCGUCUACAAAGCAAGGCGAAGAGAAGCUGCCUGAGACUUCAAGAGAGCCGGCACCAGUGCAGCAAGACAGGACAGCGACGUCGCCGCCGGUAAAGACGGUAGCGUUGGAGGCUGUCCAGAGUGACAAUCGCGCUCCCAGCAUGGUGGAGGCGGGCCCGAUUGGCGGUCGACAGCCGGAGUCAUCCAAGCCCCACGAGGAGGUCAUCCAGCCAGAGCGGUUGCCCAUCAAGGACGAAAGCUGGCCGGACACCGCAGCCAGCACGACCUUCACCUGUCCAGAGACGCACACAGAACACACAGGAGUGAUCAGUGUAGACUGGGCAUCACUCCAAGACUUCCUCUUGCCAGAGUUUGCUGGAGUACUGUAAAGAAAUCGCCGAGAAUAAAGAAAGGAAAGAUUGAAAAAAGGUGCAACUGGAAA